AUGGCAAAAACCUCUCGAGACAAGAAACACUUCCACUGGUCAAACAAAGUCAGCAACGAAAAUCAAGCAAAAGAAGAAAAAGCCCCUUCCUGCAAUCCUUGUCACCAUAAAGAGAAAGACUUGAACAAAUCACCAUCACCAUUAACAAGAAAGAAGUUUCAAACCCUUACAAUCGCUAGAUUCCGAACAGUUCUUACUUCACUCCGUAAAAACCGCCCAAAUUUGUUGUAUGGGUUGGGACCGAAGGUCAUCGGAACCCUAUUUGGGUCUCGCCAUGGCCAUGUCCAUUUUGCAUUUCAGAAGAACCCCACAUCCCAACCUGCUUUCUUGAUCGAGCUUGAAACUCCGAUCAGUGGUUUGGUGAAAGAAAUGGCUUAUGGGCUUGUUAGAACUGCUCUCGAGUGUGAUAAAGAUGAUAAAAAGAUCAAGAAAGUUGGAAAUUCACGAAGGCUCUUGGAAGAGGGUGUUUUGAAGACUUUCUGCAAUGGGAAGAAUUGUGGUUUAAGAAUGGAGAGUUCUGAAAGCUGUAGAGCCGAUCUCCAUGGGAGCUGGUGUGUUGCCUGCAGGUGA